CCAGUGCAGCAGCGGACCUUUGGCACAACAGACAGACGAGAGCGACUGCAAACAAACAGAUGGGGUGCAUGGUUAGACGUUUUUUUAAAGUACUCAUUUAAUAUCGAUAUAUCGAUACGCCCACCACUAUUGGUUGCAUUAGCAGACUUCUAGAUGUGCCGCUGCUCUUCUACAUAAAAACUAAGUUGGCGUAGUUAGAGCUAGCUAGUCUGGGCUUAUCCGUCCAUGUGCUCCAGCAGGGAUGUCCAGAAGGAGCCUGAGGGGGCUGAUAAAUCACCUGGAGGGGUUAAUGAUACGCUUUAUUAUCGUUAUUCUGCUGUUUAACCCCGCUGAGGCAUGUGCUGCUGCUGCCGAGGACGGAGGGACCAGCCCCGGGUCUCUGCUCCUGUGCCGGGCGUGUGGACAUGAGCUAGCCCACGGUACCGACAUCCACUUCGUCCCCAGCCGGCUGGCUCUCUCCGGCCGGAACCACACGCUGCUGGGGGGUCGAAGGGUUAACAUCCAGCUGUUUGAAAACCCCCACGGACUCCAGUUUGAGAUCAUCACGUUCAGAAAGGCGGAAGUCACUCACCAUUGGCCAGCGGAUAAACACUUCUCCUGGUUCCCGGGCUUCUCGUGGACGGUGGCUACCUGUCCCAGGUGUAACACUCACUUAGGUUGGGGCUUCCAGCCGAACGACUGGCCAGACACGAUCACAAAGACCAGAUUUGAUGAGUCUGAGCAGACCUUCCUGGCUUUAAUCACACAUCGUCUGUUGAGUGAAGACUUUGCCUCCAGUCUGCUCGUGACUCCCAAAUCCUUCAUGAGCUGACAGACUUGAGACUUUUUCCUAAUCCAGGUGCCUUUGUUGCUCGUGUGACUUUUAAAUAAAUUUCUAUGCACCCACCAAACUCCCACAGGUGUAAACACAGUCAGUUUUAUUCUUGUAACAAAGCAAGUCGUACACCGCAAAUUUAUACGUUUCUUUUCCCCCCAGCAGAAAAGGAAAGUUUGAUUUAAUGUAAAUUGACCCUUUGUUGGUUCUCUGAUUGGGCCACUGACACACCAAUCAGAGAGCCCGCUCCCAAAGCAGUCGUUGCUGGGCUACUCACAGUUAGACCAACCUUCUCCUGGGCCAGGGGGCGGGGAAAUUGUGACCUUAAUUUGGUGGUUAAAAAGGUGUGUGACUCCAAAUCAUCCUCAUCGUGAUCCAGGAUUUUCAUUCUAAACCGAGGGUUAAUCCUGACAAACGCCUUCUUUGGAUUUGACUCAGUAGAUGAACACGUCGACAGUUCAACCCUUUGACAGUCAGAGAAUAUUCACAUGCCCACAAUCCUUUGCAAUUACCAAAAUCACCAGUCAUGAUAGCUGCACAGGCUUUGACCAGAGACAGACCUUUCUACAUUUCUUUGUUGUGUAAAGGUCUUUGCACUUCAAGGCUUUUUUGUGUGAACUUUUUGCUUGUUUAAGAAAAAAACAGCUCAUGUUGUUCGCAUCAUGUUUGCACACUGAAACUGUCAUCCAUGAUUUUUUCAGAACAGAUUCAAGUUUUUCCUUUUAUUUUUGUAUUCAAGUCAUUGCUGAUUGAGCAGCUGCUACUCCCUUCUCUCUGAGAAGUAUUAUGUGGAUAUAAACUGUGGAACAUGACCAAUAGUAUUCCAAAGUUUGUAGUCAGAGACUGAAUUAAAAAGUUGUUCUCCAUCUCUAAAUCUUGACACAGUGCUGCGACAAUGAGCCUGUGCCGUACGAAGAUCUGUAAGGAUGGAGGGACCCAGUGUGAUUUUUCUAGUCUCAGAAUCAUCUUCAUUUUUUUCACCCUCUUUGCGGUACGAAACAUCCAACAAGUAAUGCAAAUGAAACUCAUCCAACUCAGUGUGAGCAUGACUCUUCAGAUUACAGACCAAAAAAACAUCUUAGAAUAACAUAACAUUGAAAUAUAAAGUAGACCAGAGGUUUUCAAAGUGUGGGACAGUGAGCUCUUUGGUUGAGUAACACUGCUCUAUAGCACAGUCCCUAUAGUAACUAUAAGUUUAUCCAUUUUGCUCCAUGCACAGCAGAGGUUAGCAAAGCAAAUCACCUUUUUUCAGGUUUAUGGUUCUACGCCUCCCCUGAGGCUCUGUGGCGCCCCCCAGGGGAGGCCCGCUUCACACUUUGAAAACCACUGAAGUAGACUGUAUCUAGUAUCUGACGCUUCGCGUGCAGUUUUCAACGGCGGCUCCACCAAUUAGACACUGCAGCAAAACUCUAGGAUUGUGGGUACUGUAGUCUUUUGGCUGAGAUUGUGAAAGGAAAGUCUACCGUGGAUGGUAAUGACUUCAUAAUAAUCAAAUCUAAGAGGAAAUGAACAGGACUUUAACUUCUACAGCCACAGAUGAGCUCUACUCUCUAAAUAGCCAGCUAGCUUUAAUCCUUAGAGGCUUUUUUGGUUAUUUUCAGUUUUCUUUUUUGAUUUAAUGCUAACAAUCAAUAUUUUGGAGGUUAACUUUUUCCCCAAAACAGCUAAUUGUUAAUAUCAGUACCUGUAACGGGUCAGUAGAAGUUGAUGGUGACCAAAAAUGUCCCAUUAAAAUCACAAUUUUUGAUCCUCCAUCCAUGCAUUUAUGGUAUCAAACUUUAAAAUGUGUAGUUUUCCUGUUAAUCACCAAAUGUCAGUGAUUUUUGCAAUUAUGGCAUGAAGGGAAUUGAAUGAUUUUUCCUGAUUUCCUGAAGGGGCACUAUUAUAAAAAUUUAUUAAAAUUUUAUUGACAACAAUA